AUGAUUAAUGGUCAGCCACAUGGAUUUUUUCAUUCAACAAGAGGGGUCAAACAAGGUGACCCUCUAUCUCUAGCACUAUUUAUACUGUCUGCAGAAGUUCUUACAAGGGCCUUGAACAGCUUAUUUGAUGAUCCAAUGUAUAGAGGUUUUGGCAUGCCUAAAUGGAGUGAAGAUCUAAAUCAUCUGGCAUAUGCAUAUGACACCAUAAUCUUUUUCUCAACUGACAAAUACUUAUUGAAAUUAGUAAUGGAAGUUUUACUAAAUUAUGAGACUGUCUCAGGGCAAAGAAUGAAUAGAGACAAGAGUUGUUUUUACAUGUAUAAAACUUGUGCAAUGAGUCUAGUUCAAGAUGUGAUACAAAUCACUGGUUUUACAAGAGGUGAGUUUCCAUUCAAGUAUCUGGGAUGCCCAAUAUUUCAUAGCAGAAAGAAGAAAGCAUAUUACAAUGAUUUGAUAAAGAAGGUGAAAGACAAGCUCCAGAACUGGAAAGGCAAGUUUAUUUCUUUUGGAGGUAAAGUUGUGCUCAUCAACAGUGUUUUUCAAAGUAUGCCAAUGUAUUUGUUGUCUGCAAUGGUCCCUACAAGGAUAGGACCUUUGGUUAAGCUGAUUCCUGCUGGUUUUCAACUCAAUGAAGAUAUUGAAGAAGCUAAUGAAGUGAGUUUGCAUCAGAUAUCUGGCAGAUCAUCAGCAGCUGGAGUACAAGGACCAUUUGUGCAGAUUAAUCAAACAGUUUCUAAAUGGUGGACAGCAAAAUGUGGAGCUCCGUUGAAACCUAUCUAUCAGGCUGCUCCUGCAAUCAUAAUGUGGCAGAUAUGGAAAAGAAGGAACACUAUUAUUCAUGGAGGGGUUAUGUCAAGAAAUAAGGUGAUAUUUAAGAUCAACAAGAAUUUAUGGCAGCUGGCAAAGUUCAAGUUCUCAUGGUUAGAUAUCCCUCACAGUUGGCCUCUUUUGGUUCAGUUUUUGGAAAAGUAUAAACCACAAGUAACAAGCAAAGCAGUAGCAUUGAAUUAUCCUCCUAAUGGUUGGUAUAAGUGUAAUACAGAUGGGGCAUACAAGAGCAGCACAGGUACUUUCCACAUACCAAAUUAUCAGGAACUUCCAUCAGUGGCUAAAGGAAUUCUAAAUGUUGAUAAACAUAAUAUGCCUAGCUUCAGAUUCAAGAAACAGCAUGUUAGAGAACCAGACUGA